CAGUCUUCAGAUGCAAAUUAACCCUGACCAGCUCGGUGACUUCUCAAACCUCAUGAAUAAAGAGAAGCAGCAAGAGGAAGAAGUGAUACCAUUUUCAAUUUGCUGCCUACGCAAUGGAAAAUAACAAAGUCAUCGGGUGAUUUUGAUUGGGGAACAAAAAGUCCCUCAAUGCCAUUACUUGCCUGCUUUUUGCCCCGUCUUUUCAUUUGCAACCAGUUUAAACUCCAGUGCCUUCUCCUUAUGGAGCAAUACUUCCUCGUUGCACAGAGGCUGAUGGGCAGGAAAAUUAAGACGCUACAUCCCAGGCAUGGAAAGUAGAGCCCACAGCGAGAGGCUGCAGCACCUGGAGGAGUUUCAUGUUUCAGAAGAAUGUGGCUUUGUUCUCCCAGACCCACUGGCCCAACUGCCAGAUUAUUACGCUCCCUGGACGAACGUCGCGGCCAACCUGCCCCACCUGGUAGAGACGCAGCAGCUCCGCGGGGAAGUGGCAAAGAUGCCCCUGCUCAGCGCACGGCACCUGCGAGGACACAGGCAGUUGCGCCUGGCUCACCUGGCUCUCGGCGUCAUCACCAUGGGCUACGUGUGGCAAGGUGGCGGGAGGCAGCCCGCGAAGAUCCUGCCCAGAGUGCUCGCGGUGCCUUUCUGCGCCGUCUCGGCGCGCCUUGGCCUGCCGCCCAUCCUCGUCUACGCCGACUGCGUUCUGGCCAACUGGAAGAAGAGAGACCCCCGGGGGCCCCUGAGCAUCGGGAAUCUGGACACCCUCUUUUCAUUCCCUGGCGGGGACAGCAGCAAAGGGUUCUUCCUAGUCUCACUCCUCGUUGAAGUGGCCCCCACCCCGGGGCUCCAGGCAAUCCCCACGAUUGUCAAGGCCGUACUGCGCCAGGACCUCUGCUCCGUGCACACAGCACUGCAGGACGUGGCCCUGGCUAUAUGCAGAAUGCAGGAAGCUUUCACACUAAUUCAUGAGCAUGUCGAUCCGGGACUGUUUUUCAGAACCCUUCGCAUCUACCUCGCCGGCUGGAAGGACAGUUCCCUGAUGCCGGAGGGGCUGGUGUACGAGGGGGUGUGGGAGGCCCCCAGGCAGUUUUCCGGUGGCAGCGCAGCACAGAGCUCUACGUUACAGUGCUUUGAUAUCCUGCUGGGAAUCCCGCACAGCACAGCACAGGGGUUCUCGGCAGAGUAUCUCAGGCGCAUGCGGGACUACAUGCCGGCGGCUCACAGGGCCUUUAUCCAGACCCUGGCAUCUGGCCCUUCCCUCCGGCAGUUUGCACUGGUGACGGGCAACGCAGGGCUGCGGGCUGCCUUCAACCAGUGUGUGGCGGCGCUGGCGGCGCUCCGGAGCUACCACAUCCAGGUGGUCACCAAGUACAUCACCAUCCCCGCAGGGAGGUGCCGAGCGGAGCAGCAGCUCGGGGGCUGUGUUCAGGAGGGCGCGUCAGUGCGCUCAGACAUGGGAACCGGCGGGACAGACUUCAUGCGCUUUCUCAAAGCCAUCCGAGACAGCACCCACACGGCGCAGCUCACGGACUAGCCCGCAGCUACAGGGGGCCCUCCAGACCCUGCCCCUCCCUUGGUGCACUCAGCCCUGGUAGUCACCCCCCAAGAUGGAUGGGGGAGGGUUUGGGGAAGGACUGGGCCUCCUGUCCGACAGUCCGGGGGAGCAGGCAGAAGGCACCCAGCUGGAGCUAUGGACCCCUACAGACAGAGGCAUGGAUGGCGCAUUCUCUGAAACCACAAGGCCUGGCUGGUGCCCCAGGG